UCCGUUGCCAUCGUCCGCAGACUUGUCACGAUCCACGACACGAUGCGGUCUCCGGCGAGGUUCCUCCUCUUCUCGGCUGAGCCAUCGAGCGCCUCCAUCCCCUUCGACGCCGACGUCGUCGUCAUCCUCGCGGUCCUUCUCUGCGCCGCCCUCAGCUUCGUCGCCCUCGCUCUCGUCGCGCGCUGCUCCAGCCCCCGCGCAGCCGCUCCCGGCGCCGCCGCCGCCGCCGCCGCCGCCGCCGCCGCCGCCGCCGCCGCCACCCCUCCUCCCAACAAGGGCGCCAAGAAGAAGGCCCUCCUCGCACUCCCCACGCUCGCCUUCGACUCCUCUGUCUCCACCCUGGGGGGCGGCGCCGGGCUGGUCGACUGUGCCAUAUGCCUCGCGGAGUUCGCCGACGGCGAGAUCGUCCGCCUCCUGCCGCAGUGCGGCCACGGAUUCCACCGCGACUGCGUCGACGUUUGGCUUCGGUCCAGCGCGUCCUGCCCCUCCUGCCGCCGGGAGCUGUCUCCCUCCCGCCUGUGA